AUGCCGUCACAGGCCGGUGAUGGUAAACAAAACACUGAAAAUAUGGAGUACAAUGAGAUUGAUCCAAAUGAAGAUACACAGUCUAUGUUACGUAAUUUGACUAACGAGAGUAAAGGUAUUUAUUCUAGUAAAAGACAAAGAUCACCUGAAAUAACUAACAACACUGAUAAUGGUAAAAAAGUUAAAAAUGUACAAAGUGAACCGACAACCUCGUCAAGUAAAUCUGAAAAUACAAAAGCUGAUAUAUGGAAAUACAGUCAACAUGACAAAGGUCCAUAUAUUUUUUUUAUUAAAAAGAAAGAAAGAACUGAAAAACCAAUUUCUAUAUUAGAAAUAUGUCGUUUGAUGAAAACACUGUGUCUUCAAUACAAGGCAAUUAGUAACGAGAAUAAUAAAUGGACUUGGAAAGUUACCUUUGAUUCUAAAUACACAGCAAAUUUGUUACUGACUGACCAACGAGUUGCUGAGAAAGGCUAUCGAGCAUUUAUAACCCAAGAAUUGUUAUUUAGAAAAAUUGUCAUACGAGACAUACCAACUGACAUUACUAAAGAUGAACUUAAAAAAGAUUUAAUGAUUGAUAAUGGCAGAAUUGAAAUUCAAGAUAUUUAUCGUCUACAAAGAAAAAAUCAAAAAAAAGAACUAGUACCAACUGAAUCAGUAUGUGUUACGAUAAGAAGUCGUGAACUUCCUCGUGACAUUAACAUGUGGAGAGCCAAACUGAGCUUUCAACCAUACAUUCAAAGUAUCAGACAAUGUUUUAAAUGUGGUAAGCUAUAUUAUUCAAUUAAAUUUUGUACAGCACCAGAAGCAAAAUGUUUAAACUGUGGUAAACAAGUACAUGGUACAUGCCAAAAUGUGUCAAAUUGUAUCAAUUGUGGUGGUCCACAUAAAACAUUAGAUAACUCAUGUGUAAAGGUUCAAGAAUCCAAAGAAAUUAAUAAAAUUCGUUAG